GGAUUGGAGCCGUAAAGUCGGCUUGUUUGUUUCCAGUCAUAACUCAUUUUUUUCUUCCAUGAUCGUAUUUCUUCAGAAUUCACCCAAAAACCGGUAUUUCUUCAGCUUAACAACAAAGCUCAAAAAAACUUCUCAACAAACACACAUGGUGUCCGUGAAUCAAAUACAACCCGAAGGCUUCUACUUGGAUCCAACCGGAAUGGCUCUUCCUCCUCUCGGCUCUUUCUCUACCGCCACCGCUACCGCCGCAGCUUCGCCUUCCACCACCACCACCACCACCACCUCCUCCUCUGACGAUCUAUCCAAGAAGGUCCGGAAACCCUACACCAUUACCAAGUCUAGAGAGAGCUGGACUGAACCCGAGCACGACAAGUUCCUCGAAGCCCUCCAACUCUUUGACCGUGAUUGGAAAAAGAUUGAAGCAUUUAUUGGGUCAAAGACUGUCAUCCAGAUACGUAGUCAUGCACAGAAGUAUUUUCUAAAGGUUCAAAAGAGUGGUACCAGUGAACAUCUACCUCCCCCUCGUCCAAAAAGGAAAGCUGCUCACCCUUAUCCUCAGAAGGCUUCCAAAAAUGCUCCAGUGCUCCAAGAAGUAUCGGAAUCAUUUCAGACAUUGCCUAUUUUACCUGAACCUGGAUUUAUAACAAGGCCUGAUUCUUCUUCGUUACUUCGGAAUCCAGUUGCUGGUACUGCUGUAUCUUCAUGGACUGACAAUUCUAUACAAACAGUCAGUUUAUCACAUGCAAUGAAAGGGCAACCAUUGGCAAAUAACAGCUGCAGUAGCACUGAGAGCACUCCGAGAACACGGCCAACUGUAGAAGUGACAGAUCGAGGGAAUCAUGGCCCUCCAUUGAGAGGAUUGAUACCUUCUCUGUUUCAUGCAGUUCUGCCCGAUUUUGCUCAAGUAUACAACUUCAUUGGCAGUGUCUUUGACCCAAACACUACUGGUCAUUUGCAAAAGCUAAAGAAGAUGGAUCCAAUUGAUGUUGAAACAGUGCUACUGUUGAUGCGAAACCUUUCCAUCAAUUUGACUAGCCCCGACUUUGAGGAGCAUAGGAGGUUGCUUUCAUCCUAUGAAAUUGACUCAGAGAAGGAAAACUCUGCUGGUGCAAACAAGAACAUUCAGGAUAAUCGAUCCAUUGGUGCAGUAAAAUACGGGACAUAGAGAAUGUUCAGUGAGCUUCUGUACUUGUGUGUACCUAUAAAACUUUAACAUCCUUUGGAUUGCUGGUUUGUAAGUACUACUCCCUGUUGCAAUAUCUUUGGCUGCGUGCACAGUUCAUUGCUGGAUUACUGUCUUUUUAUAAUGCACAUACUAUCUAUGAGGGGAAAAAGAAACAUGAAAAAAUUGUAAUGCGCGAAUGUAAAUUAUAAAGCUGGGCUGUAAAUUUUAGUUAUAUCUCCAAGUAGUUAUAGUAGUAUUGAGUUUGUGACACGAGGUGUUAAAAGGUGCACGCAAGUUUAUUCAGGUCUGAAAAACUGGUUCUGGUUUUAUUUUAUUUCCUAAGUGUUGCACUUCCACAUUUUUUUUAUAACCAUAGUUGUGACACUCUUUGUUGUCUCCUUGACGAGGCAACACACAUUUAUCAUAGUUUGGUUGAGCAUCAGGUGCAGGUGUAUCAGCUUUUGGUUUUGAUCAGAUUUCAUUGUGAACACAAGCCAGUUCUUAUUGAAUGGUAGCCGAAAGGGGAAGGAUUUGGAGCUGCAAAAGAUUCUGUGUUUUUAAAAUUUGUAUUCAAUGUAUUUUCAAUUGUAUGAUGUGGAAAUUUUGAAAUAUGAUUGCGUGGCUGGGAUUGUAUUUAGUACAGGAAACAUGGAUGUUGGAUAUAGAGCAUAAAUAGUCCACAAAUAUUGCCAGAUGUGUUGAACUUUUUUGUUGCUCUUUAACAGUAGAGAAAUUUAUCCCUCUUUACAGAUA